CAGUAUCAACGCACACACACAGACAAAAUUUGGAAUUUAUUUGGAGAUUUUUUUAUUUUCGCCCCUCCACUCCGUCCCCCAAAAAAAUGCACAAAAUUGCAACGGGGCGAAAGGACGAGGCCAGGAGCAAGGACAGGGAAAGGGACAAGGCAAGAGAAGGUGACCUCCAGUUGUGGUUCAAUAGAAGUUGCCGGAACGGGUCAGAAUGUCACCGACGUCGGAUGAGGCGGUGGUCGCCACAGGAAGUAUACCGUUAGUGCUGCCACCUCAGCCAGUUAAUAAGCGAGAGAGCCACAUCAAGCCGAAGAAGAAACUGAAUCCGAAUCACGAUAGAUCUGCUCCCGAUAGCUACGAUAGUCCAGAGGAUGAUGGAAGAUAUGGCGGCGGAGGCGGAGGCGGAGGCGGGGGUCGUCACCGUAACAGUAAUGGGGCGGCUAUGGGCAAGUCUAACGGUAACGAUAAUGGCAAUGGUAGUGGUAACGGUAGCGGUAGCGGUAACGGUAACGGUAACGGUGACAGACCCGAUCUGAUGAUGCCACCGCCGCCGCCUCGUAUCGGCAGCAGUCGAGUGGGGAGCAGUACCCUCUUAAUGACACCGGAGGAGUUCAUGGAGGCCUACCAGAAGGCAUUAGAGGAGGGGCUGGAGGAGGAGGAGGGCGAGGCCGAGGAGGGCACGGCGGUAACGAAGCGACGGCGGCUCAGUCUACGAUCGACGCUAUUGGCGGUGCGGGACGGACUGCUGUACGUGGUCGGCGGUUUUUUGCGGUUCGUCAGACGCUUCGACAUGCACGGCGGAACCGGAAAUAAUAUCAACUUCGUUGAGGGGCUGGUCGAUUUCCUGGCGGGAUCGAUCGGUGGCGCUGCCCAGGUGUACGUGUCCCAGCCCCUCGACACCGUCAAGGUGAAGCUACAAACAUUCCCGGAGAUGUAUCGGGGAAUGUGGGAUUGUUUUGUGAAAACAUAUCGAAAGGAUGGUUUCUUUCGGGGAUUAUAUGCCGGAUCGGUGCCGGCUGUUUUUGCCAAUGUCGCUGAGAAUUCCGUAUUAUUUGCGGCAUACGGCGGAUGUCAGAAGUUCGUUACGUUUGUGGUUGGCAAGGAGAAGGCAUCGGAUCUGACCACCGUACAGAAUGCCUGUGCCGGAUCCCUCGCCGCCUGCUUCUCCACCCUCACCCUAUGCCCCACGGAGCUGAUCAAGUGCAAGCUGCAGGCCCUUAGGGAGAUGAAGCAUUUUGUGGAGCCGGCCCAUCCGGAUGAUAUGCGCACCCCCUGGACCCUGACCCGUUACAUCUGGCGCACCGAGGGAAUCCGAGGCUUCUACAGGGGCCUGAGCUCAACAUUUUUACGUGAGAUGCCCGGUUACUUUUUCUUUUUUGGUAGCUACGAAGGCACACGUGAGUUAUUGCGAAGCAAUAACCAAACCAAGGACGAAAUCGGACCAGCCCGAACAAUGAUCGCCGGCGCCAUUGGAGGCGUCUGCCUGUGGACCUCCACGUUCCCCGCCGAUGUCAUCAAGAGUCGGAUCCAGGUGAAGAAUCUAAACGAAAGCAUGUUCACCGUUGGCUCGGACAUUGUCCGGCGGGAGGGUGUACUGGCUCUAUAUCGGGGCCUCCUGCCGUCCGUCCUGCGCACGAUCCCGGCCACGGCCACCCUGUUCGUCACCUACGAAUAUACCAAACGGGCGAUGCUCGCCACUCUCUGACUCCGACAGAAGGCACGCCCUUUGGUUCUAUUCAUCCAAGUGCUUGGGACGUGUGGCCGCUGGCGGUCAUUUCAUAAAAAAAAACAUAAAAAACAACAAAAAAAAAUCUAAAAAAAAAACAAAAAUUAAUCAACAAAAAAAAAAGUAAUACUAAUUAAUUAACGAAAUAUCUUUCCACUAGAAAAUUCCUAGCUCGUAGUGUUGUGCCUGUGUGUAAAUUGUUCAGAUAAUUAUUAUGACUGACUUAAAUCCAA